CUGGAGUCGGCCUUUUUAGAAGCGUCCCUUUCCUGUCGCUGGUGGUGUGUAGUCGGCUCGUGGGUCUCUGAGACCCGAAAAUUGAGAGCUUCUUCGCUCCCCGGCUGCUGCACCCGGCGGCUCGGCGGCCGUCACCAUGCCACAAAAUGAAUAUAUUGAGUUACACCGUAAGCGCUAUGGAUACCGUUUGGAUUACCAUGAGAAAAAGAGAAAGAAGGAAGGACGAGAGGCUCAUGAACGUUCAAAGAAGGCAAAAAAGAUGAUUGGUCUGAAAGCUAAGCUGUACCAUAAACAGCGCCAUGCUGAGAAAAUACAAAUGAAAAAGACUAUCAAGAUGCACGAAAAGAGAAACACCAAACAGAAGAAUGAUGAAAAGACUCCACAAGGAGCAGUACCUGCAUAUCUACUGGACAGAGAGGGACAGUCCCGAGCUAAAGUACUUUCCAAUAUGAUUAAACAAAAACGAAAAGAGAAAGCGGGAAAAUGGGAAGUCCCACUGCCCAAAGUUCGUGCCCAGGGAGAAACAGAAGUAUUAAAAGUUAUCCGAACAGGAAAGAGGAAGAAGAAAGCCUGGAAGAGGAUGGUUACUAAAGUCUGCUUUGUUGGAGAUGGUUUUACUCGAAAACCACCUAAAUAUGAAAGAUUCAUUAGGCCAAUGGGCUUACGUUUCAAGAAGGCCCAUGUAACACAUCCUGAGCUGAAAGCUACCUUUUGCCUGCCGAUACUUGGUGUGAAGAAGAAUCCCUCAUCCCCACUAUACACGAGCUUGGGUGUUAUCACCAAAGGUACCGUCAUUGAAGUGAAUGUGAGCGAGUUGGGCCUUGUGACACAGGGAGGCAAGGUCAUCUGGGGAAAAUAUGCUCAGGUUACCAACAAUCCUGAAAAUGAUGGCUGCAUAAAUGCGGUCUUACUGGUUUGAUAGCGGUUACACACAAAUAACUCCUUAUAGUUACUGAAAAUUACACCUCAAUCAGGAAACUAUUACUGUGAUGUUUCUGAAUACUGCAUGUUUGUAGUCAUCAAGAAAACUACUUUAUUGUUACAAAAUAAACAAACAUUAAAAUGGCCUACUUUUACAAA